AUCAAAGGAGGCGCGUUGCGUCUCUUUCAGACGCUUCUGUACGCAUUGGCCUUUGGAUGCAGUGCUGUUGCGCUCGGCAUCUACAGCUACUUCCUCGCCGUCCUCGCCGACAGAGAUGCGCAUAUUCCGCGAUGGGAGAAAGCGGUCACUGGGCUCGCUGGCGCCGCAGUCCUGUACACCAUAUUCGCAGUCGUUCUUACAUGCUGCCUCGGAGGAAUCUCUGCCUUCGCUUUCUUGGCUAUUGUGCUCGAUCUCUGCUUUGUUGGCGCCAUGAUAGCCAUUGCCAUCAUGACAAGACACGGUGCUUCUAGCUGCAAAGGCAUAGUCAACACACCUCUCGGAAUCGGCUCAUCGAGCCAGGAUUCUUCUGGUUUCGGAGGCAACUUUGGAUUUGGUUCAGGAGACAACACCACAUACCAAGUAUCUCCUCACACUGCUUGCAGACUGAACACGGCUGUCUUUGCGGUAUCGAUCAUCGGCGUCUUCGUCUUCUUGCUUACUGCCGUGAUGCAAGUCGCUCUCGUCAGACACCACAAGAAAGAGAAGCGAUUCGGACCAGGACCAUCAAACAAUUACAGCUCGGGCUACGGCAAGCGCAAGUUCUGGCAGCGAAAACCGAAGAAUGCGACGAGAGAUGCUGAGAUGGCAGGUGGUAUCGGCGCUGGCACAAACAAUCGUACUUCGUACGAGACGGGUACCACCGUCGGUAACAACGCUGGACUUGGUCACGAUAAAGUUGAGCCAACCACCUACGCUCCUCAACCAGCAGCUGCACACACUGGAUACUAUACUGCUCCUACCGGCACGGGCGCUACGAACCCAUAUGGAUAU